AUGGCGCCUCUAACAGCUCAGGAGAUUAUCGCUCAUCCAGCAUAUGAGACUGUAGACUGGAAACUCCCUCCCACCACCUCGGGACGGGCCCUGGUGGCUCAGAACAGGCGCGGGGGCCCGAUCAACCUGAACUACGAGAUCCAUGGCACGGGACCCGUGAAGCUAGUUUGGAUCAUGGGCCUAAAUGCCGUCCUGAAAGACUGGAAGCGCCAAACUAAGUACUUCGGCCACCUCAACGGCUCGAAAUACUCCUGCCUUGUCUUCGAUAAUCGCGGGGUAGGCCAAUCCGACAAACCCACCUGCUUCUACUCCACAAGCGAGAUGGCCCGCGAUGUCGUGGACCUCGUCAGCUCGCUGGGCUGGAUCGACCUGAAAGCUCCCGCGACACGCGCCAUCCACGUCAUCGGCGCCAGCAUGGGCGGGAUGAUCGCCCAGGAAGUCGCAAUGCUCAUCCCGGACCGACUCGCCAGCCUGACGCUCUGCUGUACGGCUCCGCGACUCGUGCGCACAACGCCCUUUCUCGAGAACCUGCAGCAGCGCGCGAGCAUGUUCAUCCCGCGACAUGUGGACGUGGAGAUUGACCGCAUCGCGGCGACGCUGUUUGCGAGUGAGUUUCUGGCGCAGCCGGAUACGGAGAAUGAGGAUCCGGCGUUGAAUUUUCCGACGAGGAGGGAUCGCUUUGCGGCGGGGCAUUUGAGGAAGAAGGCGGAUACGGAGUCGUAUACGCCCAAGGGGUUCUUGUUGCAGGUGACUGCUUGUUACUUUCAUCAUAAGUCUCCGGAGCAGUUGAGGGCUCUGGGGGAUGCGGUGGGUAGGGAGCGGAUCCUUAUUUUGCAUGGGACGGAGGAUCGAAUGCUUACGUUUCGUCAUGGGGAGCUUUUGAAAGAGGAGAUUGGGGAGGGGAUUACAUGGAAGGGUUUUGAAGGCGCCGGGCAUAUGCUGGGGUGGGAGACGGAGCAUGAGGUGAAUCAGUCGAUACAGGAAUUGGUGGACCAGUUUAGUUGA